AUGGUCCUGGUUCACCUUGGCAGUGGCGAGAAUUCAGCAAGAGGAUGCUGCUCUGUUGGUGCGGUGCUGGGCACACGGGGCGCGCUCCUUGGAUGUCUGCUGCUCCGCUCAAGACCGCACCUGUGCGCUGCCUACUGGCUGAAACAUGUAACCCAAGCCGGGGACUUCCGGAGCAGCCGAGGGCCACAGCACCAGGCGGCCGCGGCCGCGGCCCAGCAGCAGCAGCAGUGCGGCGGCGGCGGCACCGCAAAGCCUGCGGUCUCGGGCAAGCAGGGCAAUGUGCUGCCGCUGUGGGGCAACGAGAAAACUAUGAACCUCAACCCCAUGAUCCUGACCAAUAUCCUGUCAUCGCCUUACUUCAAAGUGCAGCUCUACGAGCUCAAGACCUACCACGAGGUAGUGGACGAGAUCUACUUUAAGGAUUGA